AUCGGGUUCCUUCUUGUGGCGCUAUUUGGUGUUCUCCUGAAAACGUCUCAAGGAUUCGUCAGAUCAAUCCUUAACAAAGCAUUCAGUUCUGGCGCUAAACUUGACAAUCAGGAUGCCGAGUAUCUGACACAGUUUAUCCUUGACGUUGCAACCGGCGUCUCUAUUAUACUCAUCGUCGUUGGGUUGGCUCUGGCCGCUCUCUGUUUCGUCGGUGCCGUUGCUUCCUGGUGUGCUCGUGGAAUUCUGCUUAAGAUUUAUGCGGUCAUUCUUGCCGUCCUCCUUGUUGCGCAAAUUGUCGCAGUGGCAGUUCUGUUUUCUGACCCCGCUAGGCUUACUCAAUACAUUAUAACGGCCAUGACGGAACUGCUUAAGACCUUAAACAAAGAAGAUCAAGUUGGAAAGGCGUCAACUGCAAUAUGGACGUUAGCUAUGACAGUAAGAAUUGUAGCAUUGACUGCUUAG